CCGCGCCGUGACUACGCCGCCACAGUGCCCCGGCUACUGCACAGCCUGGCCGACGGUGCGCACGGCCUAGCUGAGGCGCCCCUGGGCCUUCCCGGGCUGGCGGCGCCACCUGGCCUGGAAGAUCUGCAGGCCAUGGAUGAGCCGGGAAUGAACCUCCUGGACCAGUCUGUGAUAAAGAAAGUCCCCAUCCCCUCCAAAGCCAGCAGCCUUUCGGCCCUCUCUUUGGCCAAAGACAGCCUGGUUGGCAGCAUCACCAACCCCAGUGAGGUCUUCUGCUCCGUGCCUGGACGGCUUUCAUUGCUCAGCUCAACAUCCAAGUACAAGGUGACCGUGGGGGAAGUACAGCGGCGACUCUCACCUCCUGAGUGCCUCAACGCCUCCCUCCUGGGGGGCGUCCUCCGCAGAGCCAAGUCCAAGAAUGGGGGUCGAUGUCUACGGGAAAGGCUAGAGAAGAUUGGGCUCAACCUGCCAGCUGGCCGUCGGAAGGCUGCCAAUGUGACACUGCUGACUUCACUGGUGGAGGGAGAGGCUGUGCACCUGGCUCGAGACUUUGGCUACGUCUGUGAGACUGAGUUCCCAGCCAAAGCAGCUGCUGAGUACCUGUGCCGACAGCACGCUGACCCCGGGGAACUGCACAGCCGCAAGAGCAUGCUGCUGGCCGCCAAGCAGAUCUGCAAGGAGUUUGCCGACUUGAUGGCUCAGGAUCGCUCCCCAUUGGGCAACAGCCGCCCAGCACUCAUCCUGGAGCCUGGAGUGCAGAGUUGCCUGACACACUUUAGCCUCAUCACCCACGGCUUUGGAGGGCCUGCCAUCUGUGCUGCCCUCACCGCCUUCCAGAACUACCUGCUGGAGUCACUCAAGGGACUGGACAAGAUGUUUCUAACCAGUGCAGGCAGUGGGCAUGGUGAAACCAAGGCUUCAGAGAAGGAUGCCAAACAUCGGAAAUAACCGAAUCUCUCAUUCAUCCUAAGGGGCUCCCAAGCCCUGAGUUGAGACUUAGCUCCUAAGGUGGCCCUGAAAGGACUAAAAGGUGGGAUUAGAGUCAGGCCAGAAAAAGAACAUUCAUCCAGAAACUCCAGUUAGGGCUCUGGAUAGGAGCAAGGGAGGUGGUCUGUUGGUAAGAGCCCAGGUAUGUCUCACGUGUGCAAUUGUCUGACCUUUGCUAAAAAGGGCUUGGACAGGAAACUGGUAUGAAAAAGUCUGGCUUGAGGAGCAGAGCCCUACCCUUUAGGGAGUCUGGGCGGCAGUGGGCUCCUAGGGGCCCAGGUUUUCUGCCUUUUACUAAUAGCUGGAGGACAUUGUUAACAAAUCAGAGGUGCUACUGAAGAGCUAGUAAGCCUCAUCCCAGAAUCUCCUACCCCAGAAAAGAGGUGCUGGAAGGAGGUCCCAGUGGGCUUUGUGAACCCUUUCCAUUCUUGAAGCAAAGGGCAGGAGAAGCCCUUGUGGAACAAAGACAAAGCACAACUUGCAGAACUUGAAUCCAGGCUGUGCGUCACAGCCCUGUUGCUAUUUGUCCUAUUUAUUUAUGUAUGAUGUAAUUAAAUUUGAAAGUUUAAAAAUGUCGAGCACAACUUACUUA